AUGCAGAUCAGCUCUCUCAUCACAUCCUUCCUCUGCUUGGCUGCAGCCCAGCUCGCUGCUGCGGAGACCACCACCUCGGUUUCGACGACAACCAUCACCAAGACUCUAAUCAGAGUGAACUCGGUCACCCCGACGCCCAGCUCCAGCCUGGCCACCGUGGCCGCGACGUCGACUCCACUUCGAGUUCCCAUCUCAACCCACGCCGUGCCCUCUGUCGCUAUGACCGGAGGCGCCGUCAGCGUCAACGCUGCCAUGCCCGCGGCGCUGGUCGCUGGAUCCUUCGCGCUGCUUAUGGGCUCAGCCCUCUGA